AUAUAGUCUUGAAUAACUGGUUGCAUAUCCAGUCGGUGUUUCAGUUUUAAUAAAAUUAAAUUGUUGAAUUUACCACAAAUAACUUUAACRGCACUUAAAUUACUUUGUUGAACGACACAAGAGAUGCGUAAAAUGUACAUCAUGUUCUUGAAUAUAAUAGAUUUGUAGUCAGCACAUUAACACCUAGACCUAACCUAAAAGUUGUGUGUAAUCUAAGAAAUGGAAGCCCUCCCAGGACGUCCAGGAACUGCUUAUUUGAGAGAAUUCGAAUUGAAGAAUCAGUGCGAAUUACUGUUUAACUUAAAUGUGGAACUGCCGAAAAUAGGCGUACUACAAGAAGAAGUGAGAGCAGUUCGCCGAAGUACAGACACUGUGGAGUCCCUCCUCCAACACAUAGUAAACAAAAUCGAACACUCCAUCAAGAAACUAAAAAAACAAGACCAAAUUAAAUCCGACGAUGAAGUUCAAGUGAAUAUAUCGCUCAAAAACGCCUUAAUCCAAAAGCCAAUCAAAUCUAAAAUGAUUUUGAAGAAUUUGAUCAACUCUAAAAUGACCAAUGUGGAGUUUGAAAUUUUUGAUCAGCGUUACAUGGUGGUAAUUAAUGCACCACUUGUUAAAGAGAUAAAGCUCCCUCAGGUUUUGUAUGCAAAUUAUGAGGUGCAACCUAGUCGUUUGUAUAUUUUGUUUGGUGAUAAAAACUCAAGUAAAUUUAUUUGGUUUAAGUCCAAAGAUAAGGCCACUUGGACAAAAGUAGGGAACACUUCCAGAUACAAACCAAGUGACGAGGAUGUUGACCAUUAUAUAAAAUUAGUUUGUGUGCCUUGCUGUAGUGUUUUGACAGGACCUGCAACUGAGGUUGUGUCAGACUGUAAAGUGGUAGAAAUGGGCGAUUUACCCAUGUGUCCGUUUGAAAAAAGGCAUGAAUUUACCACCACACAACUUACAGACAAUUGUUUUAGGUUUGUUUCUUAUAACAUCUUAUCUAACAGAUAUGUCGACAAUGAGCAGUUUUCAUACUGCCCUCCUAGAUUCUUAGCAAUAGAUUACAGAAAACAACUAAUAGCUAAAGAAUUAUCAGGCUAUAAUAGUGAUAUAUUUUGUUUGCAAGAAGUAGACAAUUUUGCUUACAAUUCUUAUUAUAAGGACUUAUUUAAAAAUAAAAAUUAUCAAAGUUUUUAUCACAAAAAAGGCAACAAAAUUCCAGAAGGAUUAGCAUGCUUUUUCAACAAAACGCGAUUCAAAAAAGUUGAUGAGCACCAGAUAAUUUUUAGUCAAGAAUAUAGUUACAAGAAAAAUCAUUACAAAUAUUUAAGAACUAUAAUUGAAUCCAACACGUUAUUAAAAGAUUGUUUUAUGAAACAAAUGACGUCGUUACAAAUCACAGUUUUAAACACAAAAAUUUCAAACAAAAAUGUUUUUGUUAUUGUCGCAAAUACACAUCUUUAUUAUCACCCUGACGCUGAAUUGGUGAGAGUUUUACAAACAAGCAUGGCAACAACCUAUUUGAGUUUGUUACACAAGGGUUAUAGCAAGGAUGGUAACACCGUCAGGGUAAUUUUAUGUGGUGAUUUUAACAGUGUACCAACAUCCACAGUUUAUGAAUUUUUGACUAAAGGAAAACUUAGCAGAGAUAACCAAGUGUUUGAAAAAACUGUUAACAACAUAAAUCUCAAACAUGAUUUCCAGUUUGAAAGUGCCUGUGGAUCACCAACGUAUACAAAUUUCACAAAUGAUUUUAGAGGCUGCUUGGACUAUAUUUUUAUAGAGAAAAACAAAAUGAGAGUUUGUAACGUUGUGCCAUUUCCCAAAGAUGACGAGCUUGCUGUUUAUGAAGGAUUACCUAAUGAAGUUUACCCUUCAGAUCAUUUAGCACUUGUUGUAGAUUUAAAAAUAAAUUAAGGUGCAUUAUUAAAAGAUGUGAUAAUUUUGUGUCUACUUCAUUUUGACUACAUUAUUUGUGGAAAAAAUAUAUUUUUGUAAUGAGGUGA